AUGAAGUACAAACAGAUGCUGUCCAAACAUAUUAAUCUUGAGACACUGCAACACAUGGACUUGAUCUCUCUAAAUCACACGACAAUCGACAGCCACAAACAGUCAGUACAACUCGAAUACCACACAAACUCACUAUUGAAACCUACCGAAAGUCGAACUUUAAAUCAUCCAUUACAUCCUUCGAUGGAGUCUUUAGUUUUUGUAACAGAAAAUAAAUUAAAGGAAGAUAUUCGGGCGUUUACUACUCAGAAUACCGAAACUAGUAUUUUUCAAGAGAAUGCAGGUUCACAAUCACCAUCAAGUUACUCAAAUAUAACUAAUAAAUGUCAGAUAAAAUUAAACACUUUGUCAAAUCCUCCUAAAAUUAGAAAAAGUAAGUUACUAAAUACUAUCUUUAUAUAA